AUGAAAAUAAAGAAUGAAAAAUCUUCCGGAAACAGUUCACUUGACAUGCCCAGUCUUUCCUAUGGGCCAUUUCCUGAGAUGUCUGCCUUAAAUACAAGGGAAAGAUACACACAAAGAUCAUAUGAGAACCAGGGCGAAGAUUGCACUGUAAAGAAAGACAAUAAAGGAGUUGAGAUCAAAACCUUCAGGGACUCUCUCCAUAUGACCAUCGCAAGGAAAAAUGAAGACGACGAAGUUGUCAUAGAAAUUAAUGACAAAAAAAAGACUCUGAACAUACCGAAGAACAAGUGGACUGAAUGUCGAGUUUCAAGCAAUGAAGAGGUUGAAUGUCGUGAAGAGAUGUCCAACACUGCAGAGAAGAAUUCUGGCGGACUGUUGAAAAAGUUUACGAUUAAGAAUGCCGAAGUUCUUGCUAACUGUCCUCAAGGAUUGCCAAAUAAAGAGCUCACCUCAGACACCUCGAUCGACUUCCCUCGCUGGAAUUCCACCAGGGAACAUUUUGCCGUUAUUCCAGAAGAGAACCUGACUGUUAGUUUGACCAUAUUUGGAGAAAACCUUAAUCUUUGUUGGGAUGGAAAACAGACAGCGGUCAAGACGAACAAGGAAGACUGUCAAGCCUUGUCAGCUCACGAGGAGCACAAGAUCACACUGGAUUACGAGUCGCAGCAGAUCAAGAGAGCUGAUGGCCGCAUUCUCAGAACAGUAAAUAGUACCAAUGCAAAUAAAGAUGGCUUGAUGAAGAUGAAAUCUGACGGAGGCAAGGCCUGGGUUGUGCAGAUUCUGGGAGACUGGACUCAUCUUCAGGGCAGCCAAAAUGAGUGUAAAAGCAACUGUGGUGGAAACAACGCAAUCCUGUAUGUUUUUCUGACUUUCUUCAUUAUUACAACCAUUGCUUUAUUCUGUUACCUUCUGCGUAUAAGGAGAAACUCGUCCAGAAGUCGAGCUUAUCCUGCCUCUCAAGUGCUUGAACUGAAUACAGCCAAGGAGACCAUGACGGACGAAAAUCCUGGUAGCAUGGACUAUGGAGAAGAAACAAUUAAUGAUAUCUAUGAUUAUGAUGGUCAGUGAGACUAGAUGCUGUCUGACGAUAUACAAACAAAGGUAUUAGAUAUUAGGAAGGAAGUCAGGUCUUCCAAAAUAGCAGUAUCCACUUGAUGAAUGGUGCCCUCAUCCAUAACAGACUGGGGUCGCCCUGUCGCAGGAUCCGUUUCCAUAGAUCUCCGAUCACACCAGACCGGCGAUGCCAAUGUUUAACAAAGUCAUAUGAUGGGGCAUCCUCUCCCUAAGUUGCCAUCAUUUCAUCUUUCAAGUAUAGAAAUAUGCUAUGAAUUAAGGACUGGACAUUAAAACAUAACCCAUAGAGAUAUGUAUCAUUAUGCAUGUGAAACAGGAUAAGCGGAAGGGGAUCAAGGGAAAUCUUUUGUAAGCGCCCCCCUGUAUUUUAUAUACAUAUAUAUAUGUGUGUGUGUGUGUAUACAUAUUCAUUUACAUUUACAUAUACGCAAUGGGUGCGCUCUUAACCCAAUGGUGCCGGGGAAAAUGAACAAAAAAUGGGGAAAAUAUUGUGCCCACUUUGUUUUUCGUAAAAUGUCUGCCGAUAGAUGGCUCAGCUAGUGCCUGAUUUAAAUGGCGGGAAAAACGUAUUUUUCACUAGUGCUAUGAAAAUCGAUGGUGUUAUUUUUAUGAUAAACAUUAUAAUUUUUAUAAUUUUUUUUAAACAUUAGUAACAGCAAAAUAAGAUUACGUAAAAUAUUUUGUAAAUCAAAGAAACGGGUAAACGGGCGAGACGGGCGGUGCUCGUACCUGGCUCAUUGGGGAGUUAGUACAAGUGUUGCCAUCUAUGCGUAAAAACAAUCAAACAAGUACUCACUGUGGGCAUGGCACGUACGUACACGUCAUACCCGGCACCAAGGGGUUAAAAGAUUUUCCUACAUAUAUGCAUGUGGAUACAUAUACAUAUCUUCAUAUACAUAUAUAUGUAUUUAUAUGUAUAUUUUGUAUAUAUAUAUAUUUAUAUUUAUAUGUAUAUAUGUAUACAUGUACGUAUUUAUAGAGAUGUAUAUGUAUAUAUGUAUAUGUAUUGUGUAUACAUACAUAUAUAUAUAUAUAGAUAUAUAUGUAUAUAUAAACACAUAUCGUAUUAUUUAUUUCUACUUUUUAGUUGAUUUUAUUUUAUGUACUUUUAUAUAGUGUUUUAUUCAUACAUAUGUAUAAAGUGCCGCUUCUGCAUAUGUAGGCACAAGUAUUAAGUCAGAUUAGAAUAAAAGCGACUUUGUGAUUCGGCGUACCCGAGGGUUCGAGUGAUUUGCCAGAUGUUUACUGUCCUGAAAAUGGACUUAUUAUAUCUCUAGGCCAGAUGGUUUUAGAGUCCAUGGUUUCAGGGGGUCUGUGAGGAUCUGAUAAAAAUUAGCAUUAAUAUUCGCUAUAGUAUUUUCAUAAGAAGGAGUGAUUUUUUUAGGAUCUUUACUUUAAAGUCCCUUACUACUUUGUAUAUCCCAUAUAUGCAUGAGACAGUCAAAUCGAAAUAAAUAAAGUGCAAUAUACACAUUGCAGGCAAAGUUUUGUUUAUAUGAACUAUAUUUCGGGAAGGGGAUCCAUAGCUUUCAUCACAUUCUUAAAGGUAAAGAUGUUAAGACCACUUCUCUAGGCUAAGAGGAAUAUACGUAUUUAUAUUAAUUAAUAUAAUUGUAAUAGUUUCGUUGAAGCCAUGAAUACACAGCAGUUCGUUGGGAUUCAUUUCUGAUUCAACAUUUUCAUUGAUUUUUAUUGGAAUGUUUCUUACCAGUCUUUGAUUUAAAUAAUUAUUCUACAUAUUGAAUUUAACCCAUUCGCUCCAGAUUUGUGUUCUGUCCCCAGUAGUUUUUUUGUGAAUUUUGUUACAUACAGAUGGCUCCACAUGUGCUCACCCGGCAAGGAGUCUAUCAGUAGGCCCUAGCUACUGACCCUGAUUUUCCCAUUCAUUAAAUUGGCGAGAAAAUUAAUACUAUUGCUAUCGAUACUGUUAUUAUUGUUAUUAAUAUUAUAAUUAUGGAAUUGUCAUUAGAAUAUUUUAAACAAUGAAAUGAUACAAAAAAAAACUUUCCUAGAGUGAAGAAAAAGGGUAAACAGGAGAAAUAGGUUGUUUCGAUAAACUGGUUAUUUGGGGAUUAAGAACUUGUGGAGCCAUCUAUGAGUAAAUACAAUAAAUAAACGUGUCCAUCUUUGUGUAAAUACAAUAAAUAAACGUGUAUCACAGUGGGCAUGGCAUCUAUUCUUGCCACGUGGGGCGGAUGGGUUAAGUUACCGGGAGGCUCGACAAACUAAACAUAGAUAUCUGUUGAUUGUAAGAACCAUUUAGUCAUUUUAUAUAUGAUACUUAUUUUCUGUGAAUCUCAUGGAUGCAAUGAAUUAAUGUGAAAUAAAUUAGGUUCAGAAA